GAACGAGAUCACCUGAUGUUUCCCCAGCGCCGAACAAAAUGGCGGCCCCCAUAAUGCGGCGCUACCGCGCUUGGCUUCGAGCUGGCAAAGUUAGCUUUGCGAAUGACACCGUACUUAGAGAUUGGAAGAGACCGGUAUCCACCAGCGUUCUCUGCUGGAAUUCAAAGGGGAUUACAACGAAAGAGAACCGUGAUGUUUCCUGGGCAGCAGUUGUUGGCUUGGAAAUCCAUGCUCAGAUCUCAUCCAACUCAAAGCUUUUUUCUGGUUCCCAAGUUCAGUUUGCAGCUCCACCUAAUUCUCUAGUAUCAUUCUUGGAUGCUUCUCUUCCUGGCACUCUACCGGUUCUCAACAGACGAUGCGUGGAAGCAGCAGUGUCAACAGGCCUUGCACUGAACUGCACCAUAAACAAGAAGUCCUUGUUUGACAGAAAACACUAUUUCUAUGCAGAUCUGCCUGCUGGAUAUCAGAUCACUCAGCACAGGAUUCCCAUUGCGGUGAAUGGCUGCUUACAAUACUUUAUGCAAGCCGAUAAAAAUCCAAAUGAAAUGGUAAGCAAGACUGUGAGGAUCAAACAAAUACAGUUGGAGCAAGACAGUGGAAAGAGUCUUCAUGAUGAUUUUAGAAACCAAACACUCAUUGACCUCAACAGAGCAGGGAUCGGCCUCAUGGAGCUUGUCAUGGAACCAGAUAUGUGUUGUGGAGAAGAGGCGGCAGCAGCGGUGAGAGAACUUCAGCUCAUCCUGCAGGCUCUCGGGAGCAGCCAGGCAAACAUGGCAGAGGGCCAGUUGAGAGUAGAUGCAAAUGUAUCUGUACAUCACCCUGGCCAACUUUAUGGAGUAAGGACCGAAGUGAAGAAUAUCAACAGUGCUCGGUUUCUUGCAAAGGCAAUAGACUAUGAAAUACACAGGCAGAUUGAAGAGCUGGAGAAUGGAGGGACCAUUCUAAAUGAAACGAGAUCCUUUGACUUUAAGCUUGGAUGCACUGUGCCAAUGAGGGACAAAGAAGGAAAACAGGAUUAUCGGUUCAUGCCCGAGCCAAAUCUUCCUCCAUUGAUUCUUUAUGACACUAAAUCCUUGCCCGCUCAUAUAAGUGACCAGCAAGUGACAAAUAUUGAUUGGAUUCAGGAGACGCUUCCAGACCUUCCCAGUGUCAAGAGAGCAAAGUUUGUUGAACGUUACGGGAUUCAGACUCAACACAGUUUUAUUUUACAGAAUGAAGAUGGCUUAAUGGAUUUUUUUGAAAGUGUUGUGAAUGCCACAGAAAUGAAUCCCCAAAAAGUGAUUGGCUGGGUUUUAAAUAAUUUCCUCAGUUACCUAAAAUUAUAUAACAUGACUGUAAAAGAAAGUCCAGUCACUCCUGUUCUUUUGGCUGAACUACUGGACCUGGUAUCAAGUAGAAAAAUUUCAUCUUCAGCAGCAAAACAGGUGUUGGAAGAGAUGUGGAAGAGGGAUGAGAAGUCUCCAGCUCUGAUUGUAAAAGAAAAGAAACUCAAUCUAAUCCUGGAUUGGAAUGAACUUGAGAGCAUCUGUCAGACUGUGAUGAGAGACCAUCAGAAAGAGGUGGCAGAGAUAAAGAGCGGCAACCUGAAGGUUCUGAAUUCCAUAAUUGGACAUGUCCAAAGAACCACAAGAGGACGAUCAGAUCCUGUAACUGUGAAACAAAUUCUAGAGAAGCUGCUAUCAUAGAGGACUAAAAAUUAUGUGUCUGAUCUACUGUUCUUAACAUUCUCAAUAGCAUCAAACCAUUGUGUAAGUUUUAAUGCAAUGCUGAGACCAAUUUAUCAUUUUUAGCCAUUUUUCUGGGAGGGGGAGCAUGUUAGGUCCUCUUAUGUUCCUAUAAAUUCAGAAUAUAAACUCUACAAAGAAGAAAAAAGACUGCAGUGUGCAUGAGUUUUCUGAAACCUGCUUUUCUAAUAUCGUGGUAUAUAGCAAAAAUUAUACAUUUUUGAUAACUGGAUAUUAACUAUAGCCUUCUAAUGUAGCUUCUUAUAAUUAAUCAAAUCAUUUCUAGUCUUGCUUCAAAGAAUUAAACAGAAUUAGCAGAUGAAGCAGAUAGAAUCAUUUUCUAAACUAGCGUAAUAAUGGAUCUUCUAGCUCCAGUCAUUAUUAUUUCUUACAGACUCAAUUCUGGAAUUCUUUACUGACUUAAGCCUUGUGGCACAUCCCUAAACACUGGUAGGGUUCCCACACUAUUCCAACAUUUUAAGUUUUUAAAGUUUAUUUAUUUUUAUUUAUUCUAUCUUACCUUUAUUAUUUUUGUAAAUAACUUAAGAUGCUGAACAUAUAUUCCUUCCUAUGUUACCCCCAACAAUUCAAAGUCAAAAAUAAACUGAGCGUCAACAGAAAGUCUUCAUUUCCCAUAGAUAGAGAUCGUCUUCUGAACCUUUGUGUUGCCAUCUGGUGGUCAACCAGGAGAGGAAUUAUUUAGGACUCUUAAGAUAAUAGGCUCAGACCAAAUGAAAUAGCAAAAAAUAGAAUAAAAACAAUUAUUGAAUAAUAAGAGCGCAAUAAAGAAAGAAAGGCAUACCAAUUUGUAUCUCGUCAACUUACCAAAAAUGAAAAAAGGACGUGGAGCUGUCAGUUGCACAGAACUUUUUUUCCCCUGGACUUGAUUCACCAUUGAUGUUUAAACUGUUUGUGGGAUUUUACCACCUUUUUAUACUUAAGAGAUAGGAAGUAGAAACAGUAACACAAAAAGAAAACAGACCAUCUGUAAAAUGCUUUCUAACAAAAUAGAUACUCUCACAACUUUGUCAAAAAAAUAAUACAGUAUUCUACUACAUGCUCAGGGAUGCAGUGGCUAAGACGCUAAGUUUGUCGAUCGAAAGGUCGGCAGUUCAGUGGUUCGAAUCCCUAGUGCCGCGUAACCGGGUGAGCUCCUGUUACUUGUCCCAGCUUCUGCCAACCUAGCAGUUUGAAAGCACAUAAAAAAUGCAAGUAGAAAAAUAGAGACCACCUUUGGUGGGAAGGUAACAGCGUUCCGUGCGCCUUUGGCGUUUAGUCAUGCCAACCACAUGACCACAGAGAUGUCUUCGGACAGCGCUGGCUCUUUGGCUUUGAAACGGAGAUGAGCACCGCCCCCUAGAGUUGGGAAUGACUAGCCCAUAUGUGCAAGGGGAACCUUUACCUUACUACAUACAUAAAGGCUAUUUACUGUUUUGCAAGAUGAUAAUCAAGAGAGAUGUACAAAAGAAUACAUGCACAAAACAAACUGGAUUCAGGUAACCUGUGCUUAAAAGCCAAAUACACAUUUUGGUCUGGAUACAGAAUGAAAUCGGGCUAUUGUUGCGUUGGGUUGGUCAACAAAUUGAUUUGGUUGUUGCAGGCAGAAGUGAGUUUUUGUUUGCUUUUGAAGUCGGAUAAAUAGAGAAAAACCAAACCAAGGUGCUUUCUUGAUUAUGGUUUGGGCCUAUAAUGCUAGUGGUGAUGUAUGCAAUCAGUGAAAGAUUAAAAGUUAGAGGCUAAUCCUUUGCAUGACUGUUUUAACUUUAUGGGGGAGCCAUGCUCUUUCUUCCCGUCAGCCAAAUGGACAGCAACAGCAGUGCCUGAUAAGGAGCCAGAGAGAGAUUGGGGAUGGGGAGCCCUGGGGAGUUCCUAAAAUGAGGACAGUAAGAAAAAAACGGUGCAAAGAUGCAGAAGGCAGUAAUCUAAAUCUGUCUUUGCUCAAUUUGUAUAAGAUAUCUCUGGAUCCUUCCAGGUGGGACGACACAAAACUUGACACUUUUUCAUUUUGCUUAACUUAAAAGUAUAAUGCAUCCAAAACAUUUUCUCAGAACUUGUGAGAUGUGGUUGUUUGCAGUUGGAAACAAUUUCCGUUUAAACCUAAUCCAGCAAUAAUUCUAGGAACAACACUUACCGUAUAAAUCAGAGGGGUGCCAUUAAAAAAUACUACAUUUAAAAUAUCCCAUUUCAUAUUAAGCAAUGUGAAAACAUAUUCUAUGACCAGUUUUUUAUUUAAAAAAAACAAACCAAGCAACCAUGUUGCAUGAUUUCUGAACCUAUGCAUAAUGAACUUGUUUUUUCCGUAGUGCUGCUUUUGCAUAACACCCUGUGCAAAAGCAUUGUUGUAAUAUUUUGAACUUAUGAACACCAUAAUUGUAUAUUGUUAUCGAUAAAAACUUACCUCAAAGUGUGUGGUGCUCAUCUUCAUAAAGAAACAUAAUAUAUAUAAAAAUGUAGACAUUCAAUUUAAAUAGAGGCGAAUAAAUACCCAUACCCAGAAAAAAUUGCUGGAAGUACCCUGGGCUCCAACUGGAGAGAUGGAAUUUAGUAAAAUAGUUUAUUUAAAUAGUUAAGGAAUGCUGUUAACGCAAUACUACUGAAAAAGUAUUUCAGAGAUUGCUUACUUCUUAAAUGCCUUUUUUGGUAUAGUACCCAUCACUGAAUUAUCCCAAAUAGCUUACUUAUGCAAGCAAUCCAGAGCCACAUUAACCAAGAUGCAAUUUUCCCUUUCCCUGAGAUGGCAUUUAUAUCAGAAUAAUUACAACACUACAGCUUGAAUUAGUGCUAUAAUCAUGGCUGGGUAAUUACAGCAGUACACUGCAGCACUCGAUUUCAGAGCCUUCUGAAAGAUUUGUGGGCUUUUGAUGUGUGAAAUGCAGCCCAGAAUAGUUUUCUCAGGUCUUAUAUUAACAGAGGUAUAUUGUCUGCUCACAGCAUUUUUGUGACUGUAAUAUUUACUUUCCAAUGUUUAUAAUUUCAUUGUUUUCUACUUUUAAAGAUUUCUCUAGUAACUCGUAACAGUAGCUCUAUAUAGUAAAAGGAAAAUAUAAAUUGCUGUUGUCUCUUUGUUUAUGGAGUCUUAGCUCCCUCACUCCCCAAACUCAAAGCAGCCUCCAUACAAAUCAAAAUGGUUUCUCCAUGCGGUUAUUAGAGGGCCCCACACCCAUCUCAAUGGCACCUAAAUGACAUAAAGGUCACAACAGAAUCACAGCGAGUGUGGUGUGGAAAAUAUUUAAUCAGAGUUGCCCCAUCACACAAGCUAUGGUUUGAAUUCAAAAUAGAGGUAGUCCUCAACUUACAACCAUUUAUUUAGAGGCCAUUCAAAGCCACAAUGAUACUGAAAAAAGCUACCUACAAACGUGUUUUACACAACCAUUGCAGCCUCCCCAUGGUCACAUGAUCAAAAUCCAAAAUCCAGCUGCAUGGACAGUUGCAUUGCCCCGAGAUCAUGUGACUACCAUUUGUAAUUUUCCCAUCCGACUUCCAACAAGCAAAGUCAGUGGGGAAUCCAGAUUCAUUUAGCAACUAUUGCGAUGAUUCGCUUAACAACUCUGGCAAAAAAAUAUUGUAAAAUGGGGCAAAAUUCACUUAGCUCACUGUUUUGCUUAGCAACAGAAAUUUUGGGCUCAGUUGUGGUUGUAAGUUGAGGACUACCUGUAACAUGGUAAAAUUCUCAUGUCCUACAUACACUAUAUAACCACUAAGCAAAUUUACUCUUCACCCUGCCAUUUUAAGGCUUAUGAAAAAUGCAAAUGGAGAAAACGUUUGUUUCUUGGGAAACUCCUAUUAUAAGUAUAUUGCAGUGCCACUGCUGUAGUAGCUUACUUUUAUUCAAAAGGAGAUUAAAAACAAUACAGACUGGUUUCACAAAGGUGAUUUUUUUUUUAGUGUUUCAGAAGGAAAAUGUAGCAGCCCUUCUAUCUGUCAGACUUUGGGGAACAAGGAAGGAUGGCGAUCUCUUUUCUUCACAUUUUAGACUUCCCUUGUUGCUUUCUCUCCAUUCCUAAACCAUAUCCGUUCCCAAUCACCAAUGUUCUUUUUCUUAUUUGUGUUGGUAGGAGGGGAAAAGUUAUAUAUGUCUUUUAGAUUGAAGAUCAGUGAAAGAUUAGUGAGAGGCUGACUAGUAUCUAUCUCUUCCCACUUAUUACUAUAACCAUGUUGCUUGUAUCUUUCAAUUGUUUUUGUUUCCUAGUACGAUUUGAUAGCUUAUUGUAACCUUGACUAUCACUUAAGUGUUAUAUCUUUUUACUCUUGAAUGUAUUUUAUUCUCCUUAUGUACACUUGAGAGCAUAUACACCUAAGACAAAUUCCUUGUGUGUCCAAUCACACUUGGCCAAUAAAGAAUUCUUCCAACAUUUCGGUGAAUUGCUGGGGAACAUCUUCGCUAUGCUGGCUGGUGGUAGAUGCCAUCUAUGGAACAUUUUCAACUGGUUUUCCUUGUAUGCCGUUGAUAAUGUCAAUUUCAUGUUUAUUUGCCACAUCUUUUCCCACUUCUCUAAUUCUACUGUGUGAUUGAAAUUCCUUGCCCAUUUAAUCAUAGCAUCUUUCACUAUUUCCUCUUCCAUUUUAUACCGUAAUAAGAAUUUGUAUAUUUUGCUAAUUAGUUUCUGUUCCAUCCCAAAUACAAUUUUAUCUAAUUCGUUUUG